AUGACUGGAAGAAAUGAUCGCACAAUCGCUGAUGCCUUGACAGCUUUGGCUCAGGUUUUGCAAGCUCGGAAAAAUCCACUGGUAGAAGAUGCUGAAUCCCACGGGUUGGACAGGUUUCAGAUAAAUAAAACACCAACCUUCAAAGAAAGGUAUGACCCUGAAGGUGCUCAAGUUUGGUUGCAAGAGAUCGAGAAAAUAUUUCGAGUGAUGGCUUGUGCGGACGCUCAGAAGGAAUUUGAGGCUAAUGGUAUUGCGCUAACUUGGGCUAUUUUGAGGGACGCAUUCUUGGAAAAGUAUUUCCCAGCUAAUGUACGUAGCAAAAAGGAGAUCGAAUUCCUUGAACUUAAGCAAGGGAAUAUGACUGUUGUAGAUUAUGCUGCUAAAUUUGAGGAAUUCUCUAGGUUCUACCCUCACUAUAAUAGGGUAGAAGCAGAAGUGUCCAAAUGCAUUAAGUUUGAGAAUGGACUUCGCCCAGAGAUCAAACCGUUUAUUGGGUAUCAAGAAAUUCGUCAGUUCUCCAUGUUGGUCAACAAGUGUUGUAUAUAUGAUGAAGACAGUCGUGCUAGAUAUGCUCACUUCAAAAGUGUUAGUGAGAAGAAGAAUGAAAACCAGAUUCGUGGCAAGCCGUAUGCGAUUCCAGUUGCUAAGGAGGAUCAUAAGACUCAUCAGGACACUGCAAGUGGGAAAGGAACAAGUAGUGAGGUACUGAUACUCCUAUUAAGUGUUUCAAGUGGGAAGAGUUAG